AUGGCUCUACUUGGCAAGUUGGUUUGGGAUUGUCUGAAUAAUAAGAACAAGUUGUGGGUGCAAGUUCUAACUCACAAAUACCUCCAAAACUCCAAGGACUUGGGCAGCAGUCAUUGUCACAAUGCCUCAACUACUUGGAGGAAUAUUCUAAAGGCUUAUGAUAUCUUAAAAGAAGGAUUUCGAUGGAAUGUGGGAAAUAUGCAACAAUCGAUUUGCUAUGAUGAGUGGAGUCCUCUUGGCAAACUUUGUGACCUUACGUCUUAUGUUCACAUAUCUGAAACAAAUUUUUCUCUUGCUGAUUUGUGGAGCAAUGGUACUUGGGAGGGGGAUAAGCUUGUAACGCCAAUUUCUCAUGAGGUCAAACAGUUUCUUCACAGUCUUGGGCCUCCUUUAAUGUCAGAAUCGGAGCCCGGAUGGAUUUGGUGGCCCGCAUCACUAAAAGCCUAUAGCUCUCGAGAAGAUCUGGAAACAAUGGAGCAUUGUUUUAGGGAUUGUGAGAAAUCAAGAUGCAUUUGGCAAAUGUUGGAUCCUUUGCUUAUUGAUUCAUUUGAAGGUACUCCCUUGGAAUUUUGGAUUCGGAAGGUCAUGCCGGGCAAUGAGGCAAUUUGGUCAAACUAUAAGCUUGUUGCUAUGGCUCGGAUUACUGCUAAUGAUUUAAGAAAGUCUGCCAGUACCAAGUGUAUAACUUUCAAGGAUCGAAGGAGGUGGAAACCUCCAACAGGUGACACUUUUAAAGUUAAUUGUGAUGCGAGUCUGUUUUCUGAUUGGAACCUAGCAGGAAUUAGUUGUGUUAUUAGAGAUUCUAAUGGGCGUUGGAUUUCGGGUUGUUCUAGUAGCUAUCCUCCAGGGCCUAUCGUCAGAUGUGAGCUUUUUGCUGUUUGGAGGGGUUUGAUUUUAGCUUGGGAUUAUGGUUUGAGAGAUAUUGUGUGCAAAACAGAUUCUCUUGACAUUUUGCACAUUUUAAAAAUUCCGACAAAUGGGCUAAAUUGUGAUGUGGUUGAUAUUCUUCAGAAGAUACGGGAGCUUCUAUCAAGACCUUGGAUUGUGGAUUUUGAAUGGAUUACCCGUGAUGCUAACGUUGUGGCAGAUUGGCUGGCGAGAUAUGCGGUUAAGACCAAUCCAACUCAUGUUAUUUGGUUGGAACCUUGUGAUGAGUUUCAGCAUCUUAUACUUGUUGAUUUAGGAUAA